AUGGCUGAUAUUUAUCCGAAUGAAAGUUGGAAUUUUGUUUAUGGAGAAGCACGAACAAUAGAUAGUCUUGGUGUUUAUUCAUUUGCACGUCUUGAUCCAUUAUUUCCUGCAUCACCACAACGUUUACUAUCAGUUCCAUUAACUGAUGAACAUUGUGUAAUAAUGCUUCGACGUUGUAUAAAAAUUCUUCUACAUGAAUUAGGUCAUUUAUUUGGUUUAAAACAUUGUAUCUAUUAUGUUUGUUUGAUGAAUGGUGCAAAUAAUCAAAUUGAAAUGGAUCGACAAACUUUAUAUUUAUGUCCUAUUUGUUUACGUAAAUUAUAUUCAACACUUCAAUUUGAUGUUCGACAUAUGUAUGAAAAUUUUGUAAAUCUAUAUGAAAUAUACGGACUUGAAGAAGAACAUCUCGAUAUUACCAGUGAACCAACAUCUGACGUUACUGGAUUUUUCGAGGUUACCGUUGAUGGAAAAUUAGUUCAUUCAAAAAAAGAUGGUGAUGGACUUCCUGAUACGAAAGAAAAGAUGGAUAAGAUCGUGAAAGCGGUCGAAGAAGCUAAAUAA